CUCAGUGUUUUAUGUCUGCGUCACAACAAGUCGGUCGAGAGAGAGGCAGAGAUGAUGGCGUCUCUCGCGGGGUGAUUUCUGUGCAGCUCUGGCAAAUACGUUUAAUAACAUCAAUAGGAAGGGAAACGAGAGGAAAAAGACGAGAACAUGAAACGACUCCGCGACAGACAGACAGAGAGAGACCGACGGACAGACGCCUUUACAUUGACGGGUUGACUGACAUAUCCGUCUCUCUCUCUCUCUCUCUCUCUCUCUCGCACACACACACGCGCCCGCGCAUACGCACGCACAUAUAUUCGCACGCUCGCACAAACACACGUACACAUACACACAGACUAAUUGAGAAGAGGAAAAACACUGGAUGUACAGCAUUUCAUGUCAAGCUUGCAUAGUUAUCUCUGUGUUCCCGACGGAGAGGAGUUCGACUUGACAGAUGGGGGGAGUGAGUGAAGGAGAUGAUGUUCUGGCCCGAUGGAGUGAUGGACUGUUAUACCUAGGCAACGUUAAAAGAGUAGAUGGAGUUAAACAGUGUUGUUUGGUGAGAUUUGAGGACAACUCUGAGUUUUGGGUCCUGAGAAAAGAUAUACACUCCUUUUCUGCUGGAAUAGAGGAAGUUUGCUGUGUCUGUGAUGCCCCGCCUCUUAAAGAACCUCUCAUCAACUGUCUCAAGUGUCGCCAUGGUUAUCAUCCACAGUGCCACACUCCAUCCAUAGAGCCUGAAGCCGACAGCAAUACCUGGAUAUGCCGACAAUGUGUCUUUGCAGUUGCAACAAAGAGAGGGGGAGCCUUAAAACGGGGCCGUUUUGCCCGCCUCAUGCAGCUAAUGAAACUGGGCCUGCCCUAUCAGCUUUCAUCUCUGGAUUGGGACCCCCAACACCUAACAAAUCAGCAACAGUGUUACUGCUACUGUGCUGGCCCUGGAGAAUGGAACCUGAAGAUGUUGCAAUGCAGUAGUUGUGGUCAGUGGUUUCACGAAGCUUGCACACAGUGUCUGACUAAACCCCUGCUGUAUGGAGACAGGUUCUAUCAAUUCCAGUGUUCAGUUUGUACCAAUGGGCCAGAAACAAUUCAAAGACUUCCUAUGAGUUGGGUAGAUUUGGCCCAUUUGGUACUAUAUCAUCUUUCUCUUUGCUGCAAGAGGAAAUAUUUUGAUUUUGACCAUGAAAUACUGUCCUUCGCCAAUGAGAACUGGGAUUCUUUGCUAUUGGGCACGCUGUCAGACACACCAAGGCAAGACCGCUGUCAGAAUCUGCUCAAUGCUUUAAAUUCUCAUAAAGACAGGUUCGUCUCUGGUAAAGAGAUCAAGAAGAAGAAGUGCCUUUUUGGGCUUCAAGUUCGUGCUCCUCCUCCUCUGACCUCUGAUCUGUCACCCCUCAUCACAGACCACCCCAUCAACAUCACGCACAGGAGAAGCCCCCUGUCUUUGGCGUGCCAUAGAAGAGCAGCAGAGUCAGAGUCACGCAAAUCAAAACGUCGCAUCAUGGAGACGCAGCCCCAUCCACAGGGUUUUGAUGCCAAUUCAAUCGAUUUGGUGCCAUGUUGUCAUGGUUAUGUUGGUGGAGCCAGCUUCUACAACUCCAGAAAAUCUGAGGAUGAAUUGAACUCUGGGUCUCCCCCUAAGAGGAUGUUUGCCCUCUACCACCCGUCUUACAAUGGAGCACAAACCCUGUCCCGAGCUCUACAUCAUUACAGUGUGGAAGAUCCCUGUAGCCUUCCUCCACCCUGCCCUCCUUUCUCCAGGUCUCCCAUUCACCAGGCAGAGCAGAAACCUGACCUGUGUCCAGCGUUUUUCCUGCGUGAUGUCACAUCCUGUCCUAGUGGGGUUGGGGGGGAAGGGUCAGUCCAGGACAGAGGAUGGGGAGGCGGGGAGGCCGUGAGGAUUUUGGCGAGACGAGUGACGCCAGACGGGAAGGUUCAGUUCCUAGUGGAGUGGGGAAAUGUGAGUGUGUGCUGAGCGCUGGGGGACAUGCAGAGAGCGAGAGAGCAGAUUACAAGGCAAACCAGCGAGGGUGCGUGUGGGGAAAAGAGACAAAGGCAGACCUAGCCGAGGCCACAGCAACACACCUACUAACAGUGUGGCUGGAACGCAGAAGACACCUGGUGUUGCAUGGUUGAAGAGCUGAAGAGCUGCACCAAGCCAAGAGGAAGUACAGAAUUAGAAAUUGAAGUCAAGAUUAGAAUUGGAUGUAAAGUAUUUUGAAAAUCUGGGUUAUUCUCAAAUACGGGCCUUAUGCUUCUCUGUUAUGUUCAUUAUAAUUUGUGUCCACUAUAUAUCUGCGAAGGACUUAAGUGACAGUAUCUCACAUUGUGUACCCUUCACUCACUUUCUCACUUUACUCAUUUUUAAUUUUGAGUAUCCCCUAAGAUUUCUUUUCGAAGCAUUUGCAUUUACGGUGUGUAUUAGUUUAAGCUUGUAUCUAUUUGAGUGGUACAGCUACUAGUCUCUUUCACGUUUCACUUUCCCACAUCUGAACAGUACCAGAGUAUCAGUGGUGCUUUUAUUUGCAGUCUCCUUGCAGUUUGACUUUCAUUUACAGCAGUAUUAUGAUACUUGUGUUUCAGCUUACAGCCACAUACAUCAUCACCUUGCAACAUUCCAACUUCUAUCAAAGCAUUAAGUUAUACAGUGCAAUUAAUAAAAUAAACAUAAUUGCAAUGGGGAAUACAUGUAAUUUGUCUUACAAUUUCAGUACAAAAACACAAUCCAAUGAAAGAGAAUAAUAAGGUACUGUAAUAUUCAAAUCAUAUAUUAAAUUGGCAUGUGUGGGAUUCACAAUUCUAAAGAAACAUGAAGAAGAUGGGCUGGAGAAUGAACAAUUUGUAUGCGCCUGUCCAAUCGGACACCUCCAUUACUGCAUUUUAAGCAUAAUGGUGGUAAGAGCAGAAGAGAGAACUGCAAUGCUGCAGAAAUCCCCAAACCCAGUUUUCAGACGUUCCAUCAAAGAUCAAGCUCAUUGAGAGUCAGCUUGAUCCUUUUAACUUAUAUCAGGCUGAAUAAUUUAACGGGGGAAAAAAGACUACUUUCAGAAGGCUUUUGCGCUCUUUCUUUCAUUGUGUUCUUAUAUGAUAUUGACAAAGAUCAGGAGUAACCAGUGAAACAGCUGCACAUUCUAAUGUGCUCGUUUUAACUGUGAUCAGCAAUCUGCAUCUCAUUACUAAGGACUGAAGAUGGACAAUGUAACCCUAAACAAUUUAGUGGAAUUAUCAUAUGGGAGGUGAGAGUGUGAUUGAACUUUUCAAAUUCUUCUUUAAGUUUAUUUGUUUCAAUAUAUUUGUAUAUCAAAAAAUCAAAACACUAAUAAUGACAUUUUAGAAUAUAAGCAAAAGGAUAAAUUUGUGCUUCUGUGUGGACUGUAGGAUUGCAUCAUCUUUAGGAUCCAGCAGAUGGAGCUUACAGUAGGCUGAAGUGUUUUAAGUCUUUCUCUGAGUGGUGAUGCAUGAAUGCAGGUAAUAGGCAAGGUCCUGCCACAUGUAAGGUAGAUUUAGAUUAUUUUCACCGAAUUUGGCUGUAAUUGGCUACAUAGGAGGAUGGUGUUGAAUGUAUUUGUGCUGUCUUUUCAUGGGGUUUCUGUUCCUCUGUCAGGUGGUUGUUAGUGGAACUCUAAAAGUCUCCCAAAGGCCAGGGAUCCAUUUCAAGCCCAGGAGCUGUAGUGAGAACCUGUAGCAGUCAGUCUGUUGUCAAGUCCCAAGUUCAGUUUGAUGUAUUGGUUUUGAGUUUUGUAAAACUUCUGUUUAUACUCGUACCCAAGGUUGCCACACUGAAAUUUAAAAAAAUGUAAAAAAUUAAUGAAUAAAUAAGUUAUCCAUCACAUCCCAGGAAA